AAAUUUAGAGAACGUGCAUGAACCUCAACCUUAUUAUAAACCAGUUUUUGACCUUUUCACCAUCUUACUCCACAUUUUCCUCCCAUCUUCUAUUCCUCAGUUCCUACCUUUUUUCCCACACAACACAAAGAUUCACAUAAACAAAACCUUUCUCCACUGUCGGUGCAAUCUCAUGAUUCUGUUUUACACCAUUUAUCUCUCUCUUUUACUUAUCAAAAACCCUCACAAAAUUUCUCAACUUUUUUGCAAGAUCUCAAAUGGGUUUGCUUUCAAAUUUCCAUUUUUGAACCAUUUCAUGAUGGGUGGUCUAUGAAGUUUCCAUUAAACCUUGUUUCAUUUUCUUGUUGUAGAUAGGUUUAUUGUAUGUUAGAUUUAUCAGUUAUAAAAAAAAAUGGAUCUAGGAAUUUUCAGAUAUCUAUGUCAAGCAGAAACAAGGAGAUUAGUUUCAUUGUUAGGAGUAACAAUAGCUUUAAUUUUAGUACUUCAAUUUUAUGAACUUCCAAAUAGUGAGUUUUUAUCUUCUCUUACUGCCAAAAUCAAAAGUUUCACAAUGGAUACACCUUUGGUUAAUUCUACAAUGGAGACUCAUAAUGUAAAUGUGAACUUCAAUGCUUCAAAUUCAAGCUCAAUUAGUCCUCAAGAAUCUUCAUUAGGUAGUGUUGAUGGAAAAGAUGUUAAUUUAACAUCACAAGGGAAUCAAUCUUCCUUGCUUGCACCACAACCUAUGGUGCCUUUGCCUAACACAUCAUUCUUUGAUUCAAAAGUGUUUCCAAAGGAUGGAAUUUUGAGUUCUUUGCUAAGUAGCAAUGCGACAAUCGUUAAAGACGCGUCUGCGAUUUGGAAGAAUUCCAAAAGGAGGCCAUCUAAAGUAGUUUCGAUAUCCGAAAUGAACUUAAUCUUGCAGCAUAGCCAUGGUUCUUCGCAGGGAGCGAAACCCGCGAGUUCUUCAGCUGUUAAUGUGGAGAUAUUGAAUGCAAAAUCGGAGAUUGAAAAUGCGCCUAUUAUUAUGAAUGAUUCAAGACUUUACUCACCUUUAUACAGGAAUGUUUCCAUGUUUAGAAGGAGUUAUGAACUAAUGGAGAAGAUGUUGAAAGUUUUCGUCUACCCGGACGGAGACACGCCAAUCUUUCAUGAACCCUUAUUGGAAGGAAUAUAUGCAUCUGAAGGAUGGUUUAUGAAAUCAAUGGAAGGAAACAAACAGUUUACGACUCGAGAUCCUGAGAAGGCUCACUUGUUUUACAUACCUUUCAGUUCAAGAUUGUUGCAGUUAACUCUUUAUGUGCGUAAUUCGCAUAAACGUUCAAACUUAAUCGAGUACAUGAAAAAUUAUGUCGACGUGAUUGCUGGAAAGUACCCUUUCUGGAACAGAACCAAUGGAACAGAUCACUUUGUUGUUGCUUGCCAUGAUUGGGCUCCUGCAGAAACACGAGGGCGAAUGCUUAAUUGCAUCAGAGCACUUUGCAAUGCUGACACUGAAGUAGGAUUCAAGAUAGGAAAAGAUGUAUCUCUUCCCGAAACAUACGUUAGAUCGGUCGAGAAUCCUCUCAAAAACAUAGGAGGCAACCCUCCUUCUCAGAGGCCGAUCCUAGCCUUUUUCGCAGGCGGUUUACACGGUUACGUUCGGCCUAUGUUAAUAAAACUUUGGGAGAACAAAGAACCCGACAUGAAAAUCUCCGGCCCGUUACCACACGUAAGAGGUAACAAAAACUACAUCGAGCUCAUGAAGAGUAGCAGAUUCUGCAUAUGUGCAAGAGGUCACGAAGUUAAUAGCCCGCGCGUGGUCGAAGCGAUAUUCCAUGAGUGUGUUCCUGUUAUCAUAUCUGAUAACUUUAUUCCUCCUUUAUUCGAGGUUUUGAAUUGGGAGUCAUUUGCUGUGUUCAUCAAGGAGAAGCAUAUUGCUUAUUUGAGGGAUGUACUAGUUUCAAUCUCGGAAGAAAGAUACUUGGAAAUGCAUAAGAGAGUGAAAAUGGUGCAAGAGCAUUUUCUUUGGCAUCAUGAGCCUGUUAAGUAUGAUUUGUUUCACAUGCUUCUUCAUUCAAUUUGGUAUAAUAGAGUUUUCUAUACAAGUUAGAUGUAGUAAUCAUGUAUCAAUUUUGUAGAAUUAAAACUCAUUGUGUAAACAUAACAGCUAAAGCAAGAAUAAUUCGUAGAAAUUUAUCAAGUAUAUCUGAUGUAUCUGAUUUA